AAACACUGAGCUAAUGCAACAAAUUCCGAUAUCUUUCUGCGUGCUUUAUUCACAUUCAAAUUUGAAUACAUUUUACAUUGCUCAUUGAUUAAAUAUUUGUGGAAUUCAUUAUUUACUGAAAAAAGAACAUGCUCCGUGAUUUAAUUCAGCUAAUGAGGCGUGAAGAUUUAAAAGGAAAAGAUGGAAAGAAAUCGGUGAUGGAUUACAGAAACAAAACGUCUUACGCGUUUAUAAAAUCACAGUAGGAAACUCUCAUCCGUUUUCUUUCGCCCGUGUAAGUCUCCAAAGAAAACCUGUCCUUUGACUGGUGGUGCUUGACAGGAUGAUGCUUUUAUUCACCCUAUCUAGUCUUCUGUGCUUGUCCAUGGUUCGCUGUGACCACGCUAGUGGUACCGGUGAUCUCCCAAUCGAAAAGCCACCAAUUACACAUACAGUGAUUCCAGAAUCUGCAAAAGUGCCAAGAGACGAUGGAAAGAUUAUUAUCAUCGACGACCCCCCACCUCCCCCCUCCCCCUCUAAAGAGGCGCCAGUCGUGGGUAUCGAUCCUGAAGCUUUUUUAGCCAGUGGUGGAGUGGACAUAAAUCAAUUUGCAAAUCUGGAUCCACAGAAACUCAAUGCUGUAUUAGAUAAUGUCCUUACGACUGUUAAAAAUGAAUUGCGGGCUACUGGGACUCCAGUGGAUCAGGGUGCGCCAUCUGGUGAAUCUAGCAAUGACGUCAUACCCCCCCUAGUUGCAACUAGUAAUGGUAGCUCUACGGAUACAAGGACAGCAGAACAAAAGCAAAUUGAUAAUAUUUUGCAGACCUUUUCAUUUAAUGAUUUGAACUCUAACGUCAAAUCUGAUGGAUUUGAGCUGCCUGCUAUUGGAGAUUUACCGGUAAUAGCGACACCAGCGGAAACUAAACCUGAUCUCGCCGGUCAAAUAGCGAAGGAAAUUCAGUCUGCUUCUAAGGCUUUCCAGUCUGAGGUUGGAUCAGUAGAUACCAACCAAAUUGAAAAUGAUAUGAGAGGGCUUCAAAAUACUUUGAGAUCAUCUAUAUUUACCCAACAACCAGAACUAAGAGAUCCAACGCUAACAUUGCCUGAGACCUCACAGGAUGAUGACUUUCAAAAGGUCAAUACUGUGAUUAACCAGUUGGAACGUGAGCGAAUUGCUUCAGAAUCACAACCAAUUCUUGGAAAUAUACCCUCAGAUCGAUCACAAACAGAAAACUCUUUAAACAUUGGUUUUGAUAAUGAUGAUGCUAGGAAGCUAACUCAGUUAAUAGAAAGAAGGAGAGAGCUCCUUCGGUUACUGAGAGAACAAGAGCAAAGGACAAAUACAAAUACCGCGACUCCAAAUGGACUAUUCUCUACAAGAGCUCCUUUCAGAAAUAUAAAUAGAGCAGCAAUUGCACAACCUUUCAAUAUUGAUGAUUUCGGAAAUUCGCUUGACGAUAUACCCUCAGUCAGGUCGCCUCUUGUUGGGAACAGCAUUAGCGUCGGUCGUAACAUAAUCACAGAUUCUGAGAAUCAACGAAACACGCUCGCAUUUAAUGCUCUCGUUGAGGCUGGACGUGUGAAUGCACCUGAAGAUAUUCGCCAAAGAUUCUCAGAUGAUGAUGGACAAUCAAAUCGUCCAUCACCUAUUCCACGUCUUCAGGAAAGAACCGAGGAACGUCCAGGUGUUGGCCCUGCUAGAAACUUUAUUGAAGGAGCAAUUAGAGGUGGUCCCAAUAUAAGACAAAUAAGUUUUUUACCGACCGUUAAUUCUAUACAGGCUGGUGACACGGACGAUUCGCCAGAUGCCAUGUCAUUACAGGUGUUGUUGCAACAGCAAAGAAAUGCUUUGCUAACACGAAGGCAAUUAUUAGAAGAACGACUUUCAAGAUUUAGUCGACCUGUUCCGCAAGGUUUACCAAAUGAGAAUGGCUUUCGACCUCGCUUUAAUCCUAGACCUUUACCUAGUGGCAUAAGACGGGAUAAUUUUGAUGAUGGAAAUAUUAGAAGAUUUUUCAAUCAACCAUUGGGUAGAAGAUUUGGUGAGGACGACAAUCGUAUUAGAUUUAUACCAAUGGCGAAUGUCAUAAGAGGAAAUAUUGGAUCUCGAUCCGCUGAUGAUGAUAAUAUAACUCCCAUGUCGAGAUUUAAUCGUCUCAGAGAGCAAAGAUCAAGAGCAAGAUUACCUUCACAAAAUUUCCGGUUACCUUUACAACGAAACGCAAUGGAUGAUAUAGAUGAGUCAUCAUUUAACCGAUUCCACGGUCAAGGUCCUUUGUCAAAUGGCCGAAGAUUAACGAGGUUCAGACAACGAGGUGGAUCUCUUGGUCUAUCGGGGUUCUCCUCUUCAGGGGAUGACGUCAGAAGAUUUGUCGACACCACACCACGAAUGUUUCAAACUAGAAGAAAUGUCGGCAGACUGUUCACUAGACAAACUGAUUCUCCUACUCCUUCAACUUCCUUGCAGUCAACAUCUGCUAACAUUCGACAAUCCCCACUGUCUCCAACCAGACUUGAUUCUGAUGACGACAGCAAUCCCCCUUCUCCAUUGGACAAUGUAAAUAGGCAACCGCCUUCAACCGGACGUGAACAGCAGUCUGAGUCCAAUAGUGUAGUAACCCAAAGUUACGGCGAUUUCCCAGAAUUCAACAGACAGGUUGAACAGCUUUUGGGUGGUGUUUCUGGUUUUGAUUCCGUUUCCUUUACAGAGUUUGGUGAUGAUGAUUUCGCGACACAGCAAAGACCAAUUAGCAUGACCAGUCCAAAUCAACGUUGGAGAGAAAAUCCGAGAAGGGUAGCAUUUUCUCCUCAGCGUAGUCCACUAUUUUAGAGAAAAAACAUACAGCGUAGAGGUUAUUUCUAACAAAAAACAUUAGCAUUUCACUUAUUUCUUUGAUAGUUGAUAUUCUGUUGUCAGCUCGUUUAUUUGAGUUCAUCUCACAGUAUAUACAUUUUUGUUUUUAUAACAGCUCAGGAAUGUAUCAAGCGAUAAAUUAUCUAUCUACGUCUGUGACAUUUUAAUGAGAGAGAAUUUAAAUGAUCACUCCCAGAGCAAUGUUUGCAAGUCUGUUGCCAUUGAUGUAGAUUACAUUUUCAGUGAUAUAUCGUAUGUGGAUGGAGCUAUACUGCUUAUUGAUAACAAAUUGAUAUAACUUUACAUUAUCAAUUACAAUUAGAUGUAAUAUGUAUGGUUGCAUUUUUUUAAAAAAUAUUUUGAAUUUUCUAGCUUAAAGUAGUAAAUGCUUCAACAUCAUAGUGCUACAGUUAUGUUUAUUAAAGAUGUCGUCUG